AUGUCAGCACGAGAAUUUGAAUCCCGAUGGGUAAAAUUUGAUGGAAAAGAAGUACUUGUACCACAAUUCAGUAAAUGGGAAGAAAAAUGCCAUUGUUGUGGUUGUCAUGUAACUUAUUUCCCGAUUAUUGAUCAAUAUUUUUGUAACCACUGGGAAUGUCAUUUCGGAUAUCCUAUGAUAGUUAUCUUAUUGGUUAUUGCAUCAUUUAUAUUCGGAAUUUGGUCAAUAGUAGAUCUAUUCGAAGACAAAAAUCUAAUUAUUUUCGUUACAAUCUUUAGUGUUUUCUUUUUACUCUGGCUUAUUUCAUUUUUACUAGCAAUGUGUAAAUCUCCCGGUUAUUUGCCAUGGUAUUGGGCUGUUGAGAAAGGAACAGAAUAUACUUUUCAAGAACAAAUGGAUGGAAUUAUUACCAACGAAAAUCAAUAUAACUUUGCAUUGCAGAACGCUCGUCCUGAACGAGCAACUCUUACAAAGAAAGGCCGAAGAUUUGUACUCAGAGCCGAUCAUAUUUGUCCAUGGAUUGCAAAUUGGCUUGGCCUUAAGAAUUACAGGCAUUUUAUUCAGUUCCUUUUCUGGAAUUUUUCACUAUUUGUUUGUUUUUUCGUUUUAUUUGUUUAUCAAAUUUACGAUGCAGCCAAGAACGGAUGGAAAACAAGAGCUUCCACCAUUGGUACGUUUAUUUGCGCUCUACCUGACAUUCCGUUUUUCAUUUUCUUUUUAAUAAUUUUAUUCAGACAUUUAUAUUACCUUUGUACGAACACAACAACCCUUCAGGAACUCAAAGCUCAUAACGGAGAUGAUGAAUCAGAAGAAUAUUAUAACCCAUAUAAUAACGGAUGCCGUAAUAACUGCGCUGAAGUAAUGGGACCACAUUAUUGUUGCUGUUUGUGGUGCUGUCCAUUUGUUUGUCUUCCUUAUCUCAAUUCCGGAAUUUUUUGGCAUCAAAAUGAUGAAGAUGACACAAAUGUUGAUUAUUCGAAGCCAGUUCCUAGAAAGAAAGCUGUAUUUGUGCACGAACCUAAAACAAUUGACCAGAAAAUACAGGAACAAGUCACGAAUUCUCCUAAGAAAUUAAAGAAAGUCAGAAAAAUCAGAAUUAUUGAUUUUGACCAAGAUGAUUUACUCGAAGAUACAAUUGAUCCUUUCGAUGCAGUAGUAGAAAAACCAAAAUCAAAGGCUCACAGAUCAAAGAUUUGA